ACGAGCAUACUGUAUUGUCUGCGCGAGGUGGAUACGGCUGCUACGGGAGGCUGACGAGCAGCUGUAAGGCGAUAAAAGCGUCAAAAAGAGAAACAGGGAAAAUCCAAGAAAAAGCGACGCGUCAUUUCAUCCAACGAUGAGAAGACUAUAGUGGUAAAUGUAGAUUAUAGCCUAUAUGAAACAAUAAUCAUCAGAGUAAAGGUAAAAUCAAUGGUCCAGAAAAGUAGUAUGUCCAGGACACCUUCCACUUCGACCCAGGAGAUUCAAAUGGACAUGUUCGACCAUCACGGUUCUCACGCACAGGGGAAGUAUGCAAAGAGAAAGAGUCGCUUCAAACGCUCGGACGGUAGCACCUCCUCAGAUACCACCUCCAACAGCUUUGUCAGACAGGGUUCUGCGGACUCCUAUACCAGUCGUCCGUCGGACUCCGAUGUGUCUCUGGAAGAGGACCCGGAGGCUCUCCGUAAGGAGGCCGACAGACAGGCUCUGGCCACCCUAGAGAAGGCCAAGCUAAAGCCAGUGGCGUUUGCGGUGAGAACCAACGUGGGCUACAACCCAGGUCCAAACGAUGACGUGCCCGUCCAGGGCAUGGCCAUCUCAUUUGAAGCCAAAGACUUCCUGCACAUCAAAGAGAAAUAUAAUAAUGACUGGUGGAUCGGGCGUUUGGUCAAGGAGGGCUGUGAGGUGGGUUUCAUCCCCAGUCCAGUCAAGCUGGAGAACACACGCAUGCUGCAGGAGCAGAGGAUGCGGCAGAACAGACUCAGCUCCAGUAAAUCGGGAGGAAGCUCCAGUCUGGACGUGGCCUCAGGAACCAGAAGACCCACCCCACCUGGCACAGCAGCUGAUUUCUCUGCGGGGCUGUACGAUGACUCGUUGGAUCUAGAGGCCGAUAUGGAUGUGGAGCCCAGUGCCGACCACAGGGGCGGGGCCGGGAGCGUCACCUCCCCCCAGGCCAACAUCCCCCGCCUGCCCUUCUUUAAGAAGAUGGAGCAUAUACCCCCAUAUGAUGUCGUGCCAUCCAUGAGACCUAUUGUACUUGUUGGGCCAUCGCUUAAAGGAUAUGAGGUCACUGAUAUGAUGCAGAAAGCACUAUUUGACUUCCUGAAACACAAAUUUGAGGGCAGAAUAUCCAUCACCCGGGUGACAGCAGACAUCUCCUUGGCCAAGCGCUCUGUCCUCAACAACCCCAGCAAACACACCAUCAUAGAACGCUCAAGCACUAGGUCCAGCCUGGCUGAGGUUCAGAGUGAGAUCGAGCGGAUCUUUGAGUUGGCGCGCACGCUGCAGCUGGUGGCUCUGGAUGCUGACACCAUAAACCACCCUUCUCAGCUGGCCAAGACCUCGCUGGCCCCCAUCAUCGUCUAUAUAAAGAUCGCCUCACCCAAGGUGUUGCAGAGGCUGAUUAAGUCCCGAGGGAAGUCUCAGGCUAAACACCUCAACGUCCAGAUGGUGGCAGCAGAUAAGCUGGCCCAAUGUCCUCCGGAGCUGUUCGACAUCAUCCUGGACGAGAACCAGCUGGAGGACGCGUGCGAGCACCUGGCCGACUACCUGGAGGCCUACUGGAAGGCCACGCACCCGCCCAGCAGCAACCCGCCCAACCCCCUGCUCAACCGCACCAUGGUGACGGCCGCGCUGGCCGCCUCCCCGGAGCCCGUGUCCAACCUGCAGGGACCGUACCUUGUGCACGGCGAGCAGAAGCGUGAGGGGGGACCCCUGUCGGAGUGCGGAGCCGGCAGCACCGGCGGCGGUCUCCACGACUACCAGGGUGACAACGGCAGCAGUGGUGGAGGAGGAGGUGGUGGAGGAGGAGGAGGAGGAGGAGGAGGUGGCAGCAGUGGCAAACAAGCACUCCAGCAGCAGACAUACCUGCGCUCCUCACGCGGUCGGGGAGGAGCUGGGGGAGGGGGAGGAGGAGGAGGGAGGUCCCUGUCCCGCCAGGACACCUUCGACUCGGAGACGCAGGGCAGCCGCGACUCGGCCUACACCGAGGCGGGCGACUCCUGCAUCGACAUGGAGACGGAUCCGUACGAGGAGCCCGAGCCCUACGGCGGCCGCUCCCGCUCCUCCCACAACAACGCCACCACCGCCGCCGGCCGGGACCAGCACCACCACUCCUCCUCGCACCACCACACCCCCCGCCAGGCGUCCUGGGAAGACGAGGGCGCCGAGCCGGACCAGGAGAACCUCAACCACGCCCACCAGGUGCCCACCAAUCAGCAGCAGGGGCAGGGGCAGGGGCGGGGCAAGCUGCGGGAGCGCUACUGCCAGUCGCCAGCAGAGGGCAGCGGUGGUGGUGGCGGCGGCGGCAACAAAAAUCAGGACGAGUGGAGCAGGGAUGUGUACAUCCGCUGAACUGGACGGGACGGAGGGAGGGAGGGAGGGAUGAAGGGAGGGGGUAGACGGAGGAUAGGAAGGGGAGGAAUGACAGUAGGGUAGGGUGGGUAAGGUUAUAGGAGAAGAAAGGAGAGGAAAAAUUCAGGGGUUUAGACACCGUGUGUGUGGUAUUAUAUAUAUUUUUUGUUUUCUUUCUUUUUUUUGUUUUGUUCAGUGGUUGUGCCAGUCAGAAAGUCUCAAGCCACAAUCUGUUUACAAUCAUAAGACACACACAACUCACCUGUAUUUGCCCAGAGCUACAGUGGACAGACGAUGCACUUAGUAUCUCUUUCUUUCUAACUCGUUCUCUGUUCCACUAAAACAGAUAAGCGUACUCACACACACACACACACACACACACACACACACACACACACACACACACACACACACACACACACACACACACACACACACACACAAACACGCAACACAUUAGAAACACACCUUUGCCCUUUGUACAUUAAAACAUCUACCAUGUUUCAUAUACUAGCACGCAUCACAUUGUACAGACACUAGCAGAUUAUUCCCAUAAGUAUCAAACUGAACUGUUUGGGUUUAUUCACAUGAUAUUUUUUUCUUUUUUUUCUUUUUUUUUUGUUUCCUGCCUUUUGUUUCACAUUUCUUUUUUUAUUUGUGCAUGGAUAUACCGAGGCAGCAGGAGGACUGAUGCAAUUAUAAUAGAUUUGUAGAUAUAGAAUCCUGUGUUGUGAGUGUGUGUGUUUUGUCUUUGUGUCUGACUGUGCGUGUACGUGUGCGUGUGCGUGUGUGUGUGUGUGUGUGUGUGUGUGUGUGUGUGUGUGUGUGUGUGUUAGAAACCAUUAUUGGUUUGUCUUCGUCUCCAGUUCAUGUUUAUGUGUGAAGGGUAGUCUGUGUGAACGUCCUCCGUUAGUCUUAAACUGAGUUUUUUGCUGUACCUGGCUCAGUUUCUGCACCGAUUCUGCUGGUUAUUUUUUUCUCUCUCUCUCUCUGCUCUCACUCUCACCGAUAUGUUUAUAGUUGACAUGACCAUAGUUUAUUCCUAUUCAUUUUAAAUUAUGUGCAUCAAAAGAAAAGAAGAAGAAAAAAAACGUAUUUAUUAUAUUAUCUGUCAAAACAUCAGUGUGAUGAUAAAAAAAUGAUAUACGAUGUACUUGCUGCUGUGUGCCUCCUGUCCACAGAGGGCGAUAUUUGAAGGGUGGUCUGCCCCCUGUAGUCUUUCAUUGCACUGUAUUGUUCUCUUGUUUGCUGUUGGUCGGCAGAGGCUGUCGCUCCUGGGUUCAGAAAGUACAAAAAAACCCUGCCAAAAAAAUGUGAUCCAACCAACUCCCAAUCAGCUGCUCACAAUGAGCCCUCAAAGACAGCUAGACGAGCUACUCAAGUGAUGUCACCUGUGUUGAAAGGACACUGAGGCAGGUUUUUUUUUUUUUUUUACUUUGGUGAACCAGGAAUUGACACCUCUGUUGGCUGGUACGGGCCAUUAAUUGACCGAUUGCUCGCUCCGGCCACAAUGUCAUCACUGCAGUUGUGUGUGACAGCUAUUUUAAACGGAGGCCCUCCCGCCUUAUCAAAAGUGUCUGUCAAGUCUCUCUCAGCAUCACUAAUCACAAGUGCCAGAAUGUCUCGCAAAAGCCACUCUCGCCGCCUUGGCGGGUUUUCUUAAAAAUUGUUAAUCUGUAUAACUGUUGUUGCCGUUGGUGAUUUUAUUUCUGUGAAUGAGUGACUGUGCGUGUGCGUGUGCGUGUGCGUGUGCGUGUGUGUGCUUGUCAGUGUGAGAGGGAAAAAGCAAGAGAGUGAGGUAAGACUGGUCUGUGAAUUUGCUUGGAUUACACUAUGUGUGCCUGUAUCGUUUGUUUUGUUUUUAUGCUGUAUGAGUCUACUCCUUUUUGUAAUAUCGACAUAAUUACAAAGUUGUAAAGGGUCACAUGCAGACAGACACGUGUAUAUAGGCUCAUGCAUAACACACAGGCACACACUAUGCACGCACAUAGGCACCCUCACACACUCCAUAAACACACACACACACACACACACACACACACACACACACACACACACACACACACACACACACACACACACACACACACACACACACCUGUCAUCCACAUGAUGUUCCUGACACACAGUUUUUGUCUGUCUUGUGAGUACACACGUGCGCACGUGCACGCACACACACACACACACACACACACACACAAAUGUCCACACUGACAUGCAACAACUGAAGACACAUAGUCUCGAGCACUCACUGCCAAACACUUGAGGAUUUAAUGUGCUCCCUUCUGCCUUUCAUGCUAUUUCUCGUGAAGAGUCUGUCUGUGAGCCCUCCGCUCUACACAGGGGUGAAAAGUGGUAAGGUGGUGCUGUGUGUGUGUGUGUGUGUGUGUGUGUGUGUGUGUGUGUGUGUGUGUGUGUGUGUGUGUGUGUGUGUGUGUGUGUGUGUGUGUGUGUGUGUGUGUGUGUGUGCACGUGCGUGUGUAUGUGUUUUUUGAGUGGGCACCUGUUUGAUAGUGAAGGUAGAAAGGGAUCGGAGCAAGGACCCUUUGCAGUGUGUGUGUGUGUGCGUGUGCGUGUGCGUGUGUGCGUGUGCGUGUGUGUUUAGACCGAGUCAGUGAAUGUCUUUUGUGGGGCCCCUGCUGCCCAGCCAUUUAAUCUGUUGAGAAGAAUAAAAAAAAACAUCCUAGAUAAAUACAGUAAAUAUUAAUAAUAAAUGACGUUUAUUGUUGCAACAUCACAAUUGUUUAAAAGAGAAAAAAAGAUGACAGAACUGAACAUGUACUCAUUGGUGCCUGAUUGUAGCUCCAUUUUGCUUUCUCUGCCUCUUUGUUUUUAAUCUGUGAAAAAUUCGUAUUUUAAUUAAAAACUUUAAUCAAAA